CACACCUGUAUUAUCCACUGAACUCUCCGCAAGCUCGAAAACACCCGCGAACAAAAUCAACAGAUAAGAAACAGGGGAAAGAGAGAAAGAAAAAGCUCCAAAAAUGGCGAGCGCACUUCAGCUCGCAGACUCAAACCCUCUCCUUUUCAAACCCUCGCUCGCGAAAAGACGAAAACACCCCCAAAGAUUCCGCCUUGUUCCAAGAGCUUCGUCUUCUUCUUCUUCUCCUCCUCCUCCUCCUCCCCCCGAGAGAACGCGGCGUCAGUUCAUCUCAGAUGCCUCGGCCGUACCUCUCUCCAUCGCUGCGCUUCAGUUGCAGGCGUCGCCGGCGCCGCUCUCGGAGUGGGAGAGGGUUUAUCUCCCCAUUGAUCCUGGUGUUGUGCUCCUUGACAUCGCUUUUGUGCCUGAUGACCCUAAACACGGUUUUCUAUUGGGAACUAGACAAACUUUAAUGGAGACAAAGGACGGAGGCAACACUUGGGUCCCUCGGUCCAUACCCUCAGCCGAGGAUGAAGAUUUCAACUAUAGGUUCAACUCAAUAAGCUUCAAGGGAAAUGAAGGCUGGAUUGUUGGAAAACCUGCAAUCUUGUUAUAUACAUCAGAUGCAGGUGAAAGCUGGGAAAGAAUACCUCUGAGCGCUCAGCUUCCAGGAGAUAUCGUUUACAUUAAAGCGACUGGAGAAAAAAGUGCAGAGAUGGUGACUGAUGAAGGAGCAAUUUAUGUUACAUCAAAUCGGGGGUACAACUGGAAGGCUGCUGUUCAAGAGACGGUAUCAGCUACUCUUAACCGAACAGUGUCCAGCGGCAUUAGUGGUGUGAGCUACUACACAGGAACCUUUAACACUGUAAACCGCUCUCCCGAUGGUAGAUAUGUUGCUGUCUCGAGUCGCGGGAACUUUUAUCUAACCUGGGAGCCAGGACAGCCAUAUUGGCAGCCUCAUAAUAGAGCUGUUGCACGGAGAAUCCAGAAUAUGGGAUGGAGAGCUGAUGGUGGCCUUUGGCUUCUUGUCCGUGGUGGUGGUCUCUUUCUCAGCAAAGGCACAGGGGUAACAGAGGAUUUUGAAGAAAUUCCAGUACAGAGCCGUGGGUUUGGUAUUCUUGAUGUGGGUUACAGAUCAAAGGAUGAAGCAUGGGCUGCCGGUGGUAGUGGUGUGCUACUGAGGACAACUAAUGGAGGCAAGAGUUGGAUCCGUGAUAAAGCUGCAGAUAGCAUUGCAGCCAACCUCUACUCGGUCAAAUUUAUCGAUGAUAACAAAGGAUUUGUACUCGGAAAUGAUGGUGUGUUACUUCGGUAUCUUGGAUAAUACAGAGGGCUAAGGAUUCAAACUAGCAAGAGAACCCCUUAUAUCUUCCAACAUUUGUUUAGACAUUCUCAUUGAGGAGCCUUUCUAUUUACAUUGAGAUUGGAUUCAAAUAUUUGUAACUGCUUUCUUUACAUAAGUUGUAUACGUUGCAGCGCAAAUAAUCUCGUCUUUGACACAAGAAAAAAUCUAGUGAACAAGAGAAGUUUUAUUUGAGUAAG